AAGCUUGCGUCGUAAUUCGAUCAAAUACAAUUAACAAUCAACGGUUAUUAUCCGAAAAUUAGUAAUCGUCCAGUCGAUAUUCUUAAACGCAGGUGAACGAACCUGGAGGCAAAAAACCCAACGUGGGGUAUAGAAUGGAUCCCUUUAAAAAAUGGGAUCCCUGCCGUUGUUCGAUUAAUGACGUAUCCAAAAUUCUGCAAAGGCAAUAAAUUAUGUUGUUGCGCGAUCUUUACAUCGUAUUCCAAACUUCGCUAGAUAACGGGACCCGUCUUUCCGUAGGUCAGCGAUGGCUGUGGUCACAGUAUUUGAGACCUUGAGGUGAGAAAUAUACAUACAAGCGUCGCUGGAUUACACCAGCUGCGGCGAGGUGAGGGGGCGUCGAUGCGGGUUGAUAGUAUGUACCGCUAUAACUCAGCAUGCUACAUACAGACCAAACUGUUGCAGUUGUAGCUUGAAUCGCAAACUGUAAUCAUGAACCUCCAGGAAUACGUGAAAUUCUUACUCUGCGUAUUCGUUCCUGCAAUACAGGCGGUUUACGCGCUAGAUAAUCCCGAGGAACUCGAAUUAAACAACUCAGAGGAAGUUGACAAAGUUCGAGACACCCGUGGCGUCUUGGAUUACCUUUUCGGAAGAUUCAAAUCCUGCGGUGCAUGCGAAUGUGGACGACCGAAUCGCGGAGGGGCUCGGAUUCUUGGUGGAGAAUAUACGGACACUCAUGAAUUCCCUUGGCUUGCAACCGUCCAUGUGAAGUCUAAGCUGGUUGUGAGCGGGGUAUUGAUAAACGAUCGAUACGUCCUGACAGCCGCCAGUCAACUGAUCGCGACAACAGCACCAGAGAUCAAAGUAUCGUUGGGUGAAUACGAUCGCUGCCAUUUGGAUAUAUCGUCGACAAAUGUUAGCGUGGAAACGGUGAUUCCAUAUCCGGAAUUCAAUCCAGAAUCUCGAGCUCACGAUCUGGCUUUACUUCGACUCAGUCAGCCCACCAAGUUUGAGAGAAGGAUCUCACCGGUUUGUCUUCCCAACCCUGGCUCGACUUAUUUGGGGCAAGUAGGAACUGUAUCCGGCUGGACGGAAGGGAAGACGGAGGACGCUGCGGAUUCGCGAACAUGUCGUCCUAGGAAACUAGGACUUCCAAUCCUCGGAUACAACGAGUGCAUUAAAUCUGGAAUAGACUCGACAACUUUUCACGAUGAAUCUGGUUGCAUUGGUGUGAUCGGAGGGAAUUCACUCGUAUGCCAAAACGAUGUUGGUUCUUCAGUUCUCUACAGAUCUUACACGGGGAUUUAUGAUCUCGUUGGAAUCAUGUCCGACGUUAAUAAAUGUGGCGACAAACCAGCUGGCGCUGUAUUCACCAAAGUUGGAUCACACCUCAACUGGAUUUUACAGCACACGAAAGAAGCUUGUUAUUGUACCAAAUAAUACAUUGUAAGUCAGGUCUGUAAGUCGGGAAGGAAAUGGGCAAGGCGGAACUACUGAGGAUAUGAAGCUCCAAAUUGAUGUUUGAAUCGACAGCCUGACCUAUAAUGAGUCGUAGAAGCUCUCAUUUUUGCGGAAAGUAAAAACCAAUCGAGGGAAAAGUAAGUCUUUCCAAAAGUUUGUGAAUCUUUAAAACUUGAAAAGCCCAAAUGUUUAUCGGACACUACUUGUCACGAAUGAACUUGGAGCUAUUAAUUUUCAAAUUUCCGGAUUUCGAAAACGUUCGAAAAAUUUUCAGCAGAGUUCAUUUUGCCCGUCUUUUUCCUAGAUACGUAUGAACCGUUUUAGAAUAACUCGACUGAUUCUUUUCGUCGCCAUUUCUGAUUUCAUUCAUAAUUUUGAAAGGGGUAGUUUAUAUUUCCGAAUAUAGCUUCAAAUAAUUUACUUUGAUGAAAGAAUGUUUUUUGAUUUCAGUCUGUUUGAGUUUCAAAAAGUUAUAAAUUAUUCACAUAAAAAUCUUACUCGGAAUUUCAUUUUAUGCGACGACAUGAUAAAUUUAAUUUAUUCACUUCUCCACACCAACAGAGGCUACGUCCUCUUAUAGAUUAAUCAAGUUAGCGCACAAGUAUCCUUUUACGAAUUAAUACAAUGUCACAGUGUCUUAAAACAAUUACGAAUAAUAAUCAGUAUUAUCAAUCGUU